AGAAAGAGAGAAACAGGAGGGAGAAAGACUGAGAGAGAGGAGAGAGAGAGAGAGAGGGGCCAAAAGCAAAGCACUGGGCCUGAGAGGGAAAGAACAGAGGGAGGGAGAGAGACAGAGAGAAGAGAAAGAAAGAAACAAGGAGAGAGUUUAGAGAGAGACACAGAGAGAGAGAUCAGGGCAGAAAUCAUCGAGUUAAAAAACCCAAAAAAGAACAAAAAUGUCGGAGCGAGAGAUAUCCCAAGCUCUCCACUCCCUCCUCCACGACUAUUCCACUUCCCAGUACCAAUCCUCCGCCGCCGGCCCUCUCACCUCCAUGGCCGCCGUCGUCCACCACCUCCAGUCCAAGCUCGGCGUCGACCUCUCCCCCAAGCUCGACUUCAUCCGAUCCCAGCUCCAGCAACUCCUCUUCCAGCAACCUCACCCACCGCCGCCGCCGCCGCAGCACCACCAGCAGCAACAACCCUUUCCUCCUCCGCCGCCGUCUUACAAAGACCGUUAUGCCCCCCACCAAACGACCCCCAAUUUCCUCCUCUCUUCCGGCUACCCUCCGACGCACCAAACCCCCAAUUUCUUGCUCUCUUCCGGCUACCCACCGCCGCCUCACCAGCACCAGCACCAGCACCAACAACCCUUUCCUCCGCCCUCUUACAAUGACCGUUAUGCCCCUCAACAAACCCCCAACUUCUUCCUCUCUUCCGGCUUCCCUCCAUCUCACUCCCCCGGCUCCUUCAAUUUGGAAUCCCCUGCACCUGCUGGUGCUCCCCUCGAGUCUCCUAAGGAGAGUAAUAAGGGUAAGAGGAAAGGCGGGGCGGGUGGUUUGAACAAGCUCUGUGGGGUGUCGCCGGAACUUCAAGUUGUGGUCGGCCAUUCUACUCUUCCUAGGACUGAGAUUGUUAAGCAGUUAUGGGUAUACAUAAGAAAGCACAACCUGCAAGACCCGAGCAACAAAAGGAAGAUUAUCUGCGACGAUGCACUGCGUGUGGUGUUUGAGACUGACUGCACUGAUAUGUUCAAGAUGAACAAGUUGCUCUCUAAACAUAUCCUUCGUCUUGAUCCCGCCAGCGAGGCCAGUUCUAAGAAGCCAAAGGUAGAGGAUGAAGAACAGGAUACACAGGCUGCUCCGGCACCUGAACCUGCACCUGCACCUGAACCUGCUCCUGCACCUACUCCUGCAGAGAUAGAGGAUGAAGACAAGGAGUCUCAAGACACACAGGAUGCUGCUGCUCCUUCUGUGGGGAUAUCUGAAGAACUUGCAAACUUUUUCGGUGUUGGUGAGAGGGUGAUGCUCCAGUCAGAGAUUUGCACCCGCCUUUGGGAAUACAUCAACGCCAACAAUUUGGAGGAUCUUGUUAAUCCAACUGUGAUUGUAUGCGACUCGAAGCUUCAAGAGCUCUUUGGCUGUCAAAGUUUCCCAGCUGCAAAGUUAAUGGAAGUUCUAUCCCGUCAGCAUAUAUUUAGGGCUUGAGCAUCUGCAAAUGGCGGGUUGCUUGCUGCUAAUUGAAUGACUGGUUAGUAGAUGUUAGUCUAAGUAUUAAUGAUCAGGCACUCCCUCCACCUUCCUUAACCAUGACGACUGACGGUUAACCUUUUGUGGAUAUAGUUAGCUGUUUAUUCAUCCCUUUGCAAAGAUGGAAAUAGUAAUCUGAAGCUUUCACCCUUAGAUUUUGAAGUUGGGAGGAUAUCUCAUCUCAUCUUAGUGUUGUUAUUUGGGUUUCUCUUAUCAUGUAAGGCAGUUUGCAGGCAUAUGAUUUGUAUGUAGGUAGCUUCGUUGGUCUUGUUGGGCCUGCUGCUAUGACUCCUUGCUUUUGUUAAUUUGUAGGUUGGGGAAUAUUAACUUGGCUAGCUAGAUGCUGUACUGAAAAACUGAUGCACUUUAAUCUCAGCAAAACAGUUAUUCGUGGUAGUGUAGUGACAUUGGCUUUUGCUCUCUGUAAGCGCCUUUUCUCCUUCGUAUGUACAGUUGUGUGUUUAUUUCGAUAAGUUCAUCAGAUUAGUGACACCGA